AUGGCGGCGCGGCAGUGACGGCGCCUCUCGCGCCACCCCUGAGAUGGCGGCGCGGCAGUGACGGCGCCUCUCGCGCCACCCCUGAGAUGGCGGCGCGGCAGUGACGGCGGCGGAAGCGGCUCCCUGCGCUGGGUCUGACAGCGGAGCGCGGCCCCGGCGCCCCGCCGCAGAAUGAUCCCCACCGAGGAGGUGUCGGCCCGCAGGAGGGAGAUCGAGGGCAAGCUCAAGCAGGAAGAAGAGACUCUGUGCUUCAUCAAAGAGAGUCUUGAGAAGAGCGACCAGCUUACAAAGAACAUGGUUUCUAUCCUCUCCUCCUUCGAAAGUCGUUUGAUGAAGCUGGAGAACUCGAUCAUCCCUGUCCAUAAACAGACAGAGAAUCUGCAGCGCUUGCAGGAGAACGUGGAGAAGACCCUGUCCUGCUUGGAUCAUGUUAUCAGUUACUACCAUGUGGCCAAGGACACUGAGAAGAUCAUAAAGGAAGGCCCCACUGGGAGGCUGGAGGAAUACUUGAAUUGCAUGGACAAAAUCCAGAAGGCAGUGGAAUACUUCCAGGACAACAAUCCAGACAGCCCGGAGCUGAACCGUGUGAAAUCCCUCUUUGAGAGGGGCAAGGAGUCCCUGGAAUCCGAGUUUCGCAGCCUGAUGACACGACACACCAAACCAGUGCCACCCAUCCUCAUCCUGGACUUGAUCAGCGGGGACGACGAGAUGGAGACGCAGGAGGAGAUGUCUCUGGAGCACCUGCCGGAGAGCGUCCUGCAGGACGUCAUCCGCAUUGCUGGCUGGCUGGUGGAGAACGGCAGGAACCAAGAUUUCAUGACUGUUUACUUCCAAAUCCGCUCUGUCCAGCUUGACCGCUCCAUCAAGGGGCUGAAAGAGCAUUUCCGUAAGAACAGCUCCUCCACAGGGGUGCCCUAUUCCCCUGCCAUUCAGAACAAAAGGAAGGACACCCCCACCAAAAAGCCAAUCAAGAGACCAGUCCUCAUCCCAGGCACGAUCCGUAAGGCUCAGAACCUUCUGAAACAGUACUCUCAGCAUGGUCUAGAUGGGAAAAAGGGGGCCUCUAACCUCAUUCCUAUGGAAGGUCAUGAGCAUGAUUUACGAGUUAAACACCUUUCCGAGUCCCUGAGCGACAAGCACGGGCCGGCUGCGGGGAGGGAUGACGUCUUUGACAUCGAGAUCGACGCGUACAUUCACUGUGUGAGUGCCUUCGUCAAACUGGCGCAGAGCGAAUACCAGCUCCUGACACAGAUCGUCCCAGAGCACCACCAGAAGAAGACAUUUGAUUCUCUCAUCCAGGAGUCAUUAGAUAACUUGAUCAUGGAGGGGGAUAACAUUGUCUCAGCUGCCCGGAAAGCCAUCAUCCGACACGACUAUUCAGCUGUGCUCACCAUCUUCCCCAUCCUUAAACAUCUUAAACAGAUGAAGCCAGAAUUUGACCAGGUCUUGCAGGGAACUGCAGCAGGUACUAAGAACAAACUGCCAGGGCUCAUCACUUCCAUGGAGACCACUGGUGCAAAGGCACUAGAAGAGUUUGCAGACAACAUUAAGAACGACCCAGACAAGGAAUACAACAUGCCAAAAGAUGGGACAGUUCACGAACUCACCAGCAACGCCAUCCUUUUCCUACAGCAACUGUUGGAUUUCCAGGAGACAGCGGGUGCUAUGCUGGCAUCACAAGAGACCAGCUCUUCAGCCAGCAGUUACAGUUCUGAGUUCAGCAGGCGGCUGCUGAGCACCUACAUCUGCAAAGUGCUGGGCAACCUCCAGCUUAACCUUCUUAGUAAAUCCAAGGUUUAUGAAGACCCAGCUUUAAGUGCCAUUUUUCUGCACAACAACUACAACUACAUUCUGAAAUCUCUGGAGAAGUCUGAGCUGAUCCAGUUGGUGGCUGUGACACAGAAGACAGCCGAGAGGUCGUACCGGGAGCUCAUUGAGCAGCAGAUCCAGACCUACCAGCGCAGCUGGUUGAAGGUGACAGAUUACAUCUUGGAGAGAAACCUGCCUGUCUUUCAACCAGGAGUGAAGCUCAAGGAUAAGGAGAGGCAGAUGAUAAAGGAGCGCUUUAAGGGUUUUAACGACGGGCUGGAGGAGCUGUGUAAGAUGCAGAAGGCCUGGGCAAUCCCAGACGUGGAGCAGCGGGACAAAAUCCGCCGGGCACAGAAAACCAUUGUGAAAGAGACCUAUGGUGCCUUCCUCAACAGAUAUGGCAACGUGCCCUUCACCAAGAACCCCGAGAAGUACAUCAAGUACCAGGUGGAUCAGGUAGGGGAGAUGAUCGAGAAGCUGUUUGACACAUCGGCGUGACUCUCCAGCUGUCCUGUGCUCUCCUGCUGCCAAGCACAAGUCAGUGUAUUCUCAGCAACCUUUGGGACUCCCAUCCCUCCUCCCCUGCCCCAUUGUGGUGGGCAGGGUGUUAUACUUGUAUUUAUCAAAGAUUUAUAAACCUAUGGGAACACUG